UGAGUUUAGCAGAAACCUCUCUCUUAAACAAGUUGAUAAGAAGAUCCCUUGUGGACUCCAGUAGCAACGUAGAAGUUCUUCAACGGGAUCCCAACUCACCACUGUUUUCUGUAAAAACAUUUGAAGAACUACAUCUAAAAGAUGAGUUGUUACAAGGAAUUUAUAGUAUGGGCUUUAACAGACCAUCCAAGAUACAAGAGACUGCUCUUCCGAUGAUGCUAGCUGAUCCUCCACAAAAUCUUAUUGCUCAGAGCCAGUCGGGGACCGGUAAAACGGCUGCUUUUGCCUUGGCUAUGUUGAGCAGAGUAAACCCAGCAGAAAGAUUUCCACAGUGCCUCUGCUUAAGUCCCACCUUUGAACUGGCUGUGCAAAUUGGACAGGUAGUUGAGAAGAUGGGAAAGUUUUGUGUCAAUAUUGGUGUUAUGUAUGCUGUCCGAGGAAACAGACUUCCAAGAGGAACUGUAAUUGAACAACAGAUAGUAAUUGGCACCCCGGGGACCCUGCUGGAUUGGUGUUUCAAGCUAAAACUUCUGGAUGUGAAGAAAAUCACAGUGUUUGUGCUGGACGAAGCUGACGUCAUGAUCAAUAAGCAGAACUUCUUGGACCAGAGCGUCCGGAUUCACCGGGUACUAUCACCCAAUUGCCAGAUGCUUCUGUUCUCGGCUACAUUCGAAGACCCCGUGCUGCUUUUUGCACAGCGCAUCGUACCGGACCCCAACAUUAUUAAGCUCCGCCGAGAAGAGCUGACGCUCGACAACAUCAGGCAGUACUACUUUGUGUGUGAGAAUAAGGAAGAUAAAUACAGAGCUCUGUGCAAUAUCUACGGCAGUAUCACUGUUGGCCAGGCUAUAAUCUUCUGCCAGACCCGCAAGAAUGCUAAAUGGCUAGCUCUGCAGCUGUCGGACGACGGACACCAAGUAUCCCUCUUAAGCGGGGAGCUGACCGUCGAGCUGCGGGCCGAAGUCAUCCAGAGAUUUCGUGAGGGGAAGCAUAAAGUCCUUAUCACAACCAACGUCUGUGCCAGAGGCAUUGAUGUGACGCAGGUCACGAUAGUGGUCAACUUCAGCCUGCCCAUGGACUUUGAAGACUUUGCGGAUUUUGACACCUACCUUCACCGCAUAGGUCGCGCGGGCCGCUUUGGGAAGAAGGGACUGGCCUUCAACAUGGUCGAAAAGCAGAAUUUACCGCUGAUCUUUGCAAUUGAAGAACACUUCAAGACCUCCAUUAAGUACCUUGACCCAGAAGACAUGGAAAUGCUAGAAAAAAUAGAAGACUGAGUUCUUUAAAA